AGUGCGUUGUCCAAGAAGGCCCACUCGUUUAGUGUUAGUGUGGGACAGAAAACCUCAUAACGUGCAGUUACGAACCGGGCGUAACCGGGCGAGGCCAUCGGUAGUUCUUCAUUUCCGACUCCGGAAGGAUGAAGAGGGCGGUGCUGGCCCUGGCGCUGGCGCUGAUGGGCGUGGCGUGGGCGGAGUUGGCUCCCCCCGAGAGAUCCUACAAGAUCCUGAUGCUGUUGCCGAUAUCCUCGAAGAGUCACAGGAAUGUCUUCUUGCCGGUUGCCGAAGGGCUGGCAGAUCGAGGACACAAGGUUGUGCUCGUGGUCAACCAUCCUCCGGUGUCAAAGCAUCCAAACAUUGAGGAAAUCGACCAUGACCUGCCAGAUUUCAAAACAGAAUCUAUGGAUUUAUUUGCAACCAGAGCUGACCCGGGUGGUGUUUUCACCUUGUUCCAAAAUGCUCUUCCCAAAGUCGCCAGGAAGCUGUACAAAGUCCCGAAAGUUAAAGAGCUCUAUGACAGAAGAAAGGAAUUUGAUAUUGUGAUUAUUGAUCACAUGUUUAAUGAGGUUGUGUAUCCCUUUGCCUACGAGAUGCCCUUCAUCACCAUAGCGACGCCUGGGAUGGAUGCUCGCCAAAGUGCUGUCUACGGCAACGUCCAGAACCCUGCUUAUGCACCCAGUUUGAUGAAGACUUUCCCCCUCCCUAUGAGCAUGUUUCACCGCAUUCUCAAUACUAUUGAACACAUCAUGUCUGCUGUCAGCUGGCGGUACUUGGAUGUCCUUCCCUCCGUGCAGAAGGAGAUCUCAGCCCAGUUCCCAGAUCUUCCACCGCUGCUGGAUAUUGAACGUAACCAAAGCCUUACCUUGAUGAACUCCCACUUCACGGUGACUGGUGUUCUGCCUCUUCUGCCGUCCCAGGUGGAAGUGGGGGCCAUGCAUUGUCGCCCUGGCAAGCUCCUUCCUAAGGAUUUAGAGUCCUGGAUCAGCGGCGCAGGAUCAGAGGGCGUCGUGUACUUCAGUCUCGGCUCCGUGGCUCAAGGUCAGACGAUGCCCAAGAAAUACCGAGACAUGUUCGUGGAGGCCUUCAAGCAGCUCAAACAGCGGGUCAUCUGGAAGUAUGAGGUGGCGCUGGAGGGCGUCUCUGACAACGUGCUGAUGCGGAAGUGGCUGCCGCAGCAAGAUAUUCUCGCUCAUCCAAACGUCCGCGUCUUCAUCACCCACGGAGGACUCCUCAGCACUCAGGAGUCCUUCUACCACUCCACGCCAGUCCUCGCGGUCCCCAUCUUUGGCGAUCAGCCCAAGAAUGGCAUGGAUAUACAGGCCAGCGGCCUCGGUCUGAUGCUGGUGUGGGAGGAACUGACGGUCGAGCUCAUCGUUAACAGCCUCCAGGAACUCCUUAAUAACCCCAAGUACAAAAUCACAGCCGACGAAGUUCAGAGUUCUCUCCGCGACCAGCCUCAGAGCCCGAAGGAUCGCGCGGUGUUCUGGACCGAGUACGUAAUCCGGCACAAGGGCGCCCCCCGGCUGCGGUCUCCGGCGGCGCAGCUGUCGUGGGUCGAGUUCCUCAUGCUGGACGUGCUGCUGGUGCUCCACGUCGCCGUGUUCGUGGUGGUGUACGUGCUCCGCCGCCUUCUCGGGGCCUUCUGCUCGCGGGUCCUCGGGUCCCAGAGCAAAGGCAAGAAAAAGAAGAGGGAGUGAGUUUCUUUGGUGAUUUUUUCAGUCUCUAGAUAUUUUUAUAUAUAUGAAAAUUAUUAAACUGAUUUUUAGCUCCCCUACAGUGUCCAAAUACAAUUAUCUCUCUCAUAUCAAUAAAUUGGAAUCUUUCCAUGAAGCGUUCUUGUCCUAUAGCUACUGACACCAUUACAGUAUUCAUAACUAAUAACUAACAAAUAAAAACUGAAUCUGAAAAGAUGACAAUUACUGAACAAGAUGUCAGUUAUCCUGCUGUAAUUAUUUUUUAUGACAAUAAAAUAUAAUGUGUAAA